CAUAAACCGUCCACGUAAAUCUCUCUCUCUGUCUCUGCAAUCAACCUCUAAAAAAAAAAAACUUAUACACAUUGCAUAAGCAACAGUAUCAGUAUAAGAAAAAUCCAGAGAUUUCUCUAUUCCAUUUCGCAGUUUUGCGAUUCAUUCGAUAGGUGAAACGGAUCAUGUCACGUUUAAUCCAAGCUCGAUCCUCUCUCUCCAGAUUCUGGAGUGUUGCAUCAUCCAGAAAUGUUCGGUUUUUGUCAACUGAAUCCAAUAAAACAGAUGAGCCCUUUAAAGUUGAGGAAGCAGAAACAGUAAAUAUGCCUCCACCCCCAACAGAGAAGUUACUUGUGCUCGGUGGAAAUGGAUUCGUAGGCUCACAUGUCUGUAAGGAAGCUCUAGAUCGUGGUCUUACAGUUGCUAGUCUUAGCAGAACAGGAAGGUCGUCCAUUCAAGAUUCUUGGGCUAACAAUGUGAUUUGGCAUCAAGGAAACCUUUUUUCAACUGAUUCAUGGAAGGAUGCACUCAAGGGAGUAACUUCUGUUAUCUCUUGCGUUGGUGGGUUUGGCUCUAACUCACACAUGUAUAAAAUCAAUGGGACAGCUAAUAUAAAUGCUAUCAGAGCUGCUUCAGAAGAAGGAGUGAAAAGAUUUGUUUACAUCUCCGCUGCAGACUUUGGCAUUGCAAAUUAUGUGUUACAAGGUUAUUAUGAGGGGAAGAGAGCUGCUGAGACUGAGCUGCUAACAAGAUAUCCAUACGGAGGAAUAAUCCUGAGGCCUGGAUUUAUCUAUGGAACCCGUCAUGUUGGGAGCAUGAAAUUACCCCUUGGUGUAAUUGGUUCUCCUCUAGAGAUGAUUCUACAGCGUGCAAAACCUCUGAGUCAGAUACCCCUUGUUGGGCCUCUUUUUACUCCUCCUGUGAAUGUCACUGCAGUAGCUAAAGUUGCCGUCAGAGCAGCAACAGAUCCUGUAUUCCCUCCUGGUGUGAUUGAUGUUCACGGAAUCUUGCGCUACAGCCAGCAAAGAUCUGUAUAAGGUGAAGGAGUUUCGUGAGUUUUGAAAAGUUCAAAAUUAUUGUGGUUUGAGAAACUUUCGAAAUAGGGUGUAACUUAAGCCCAAAUUAUUAGAGUUUCUGUUCUUUAUGUUGAAUGUAAACUUGUGACGUUGAUUAGUACUUGUAAAAAAUAA